AUGAGAGACCUCGGCGCGAAGCUGAUCGAAAACGCAUGGUGGGAGAUCGCGCCGGCGGUGCACGUUGGCUACGAAGAUGAGCGGUACGAUUGUAUCAGUUUCACCGAUGCCUCUGCCGAGGGCUGGGGUGCAAUCUCUCGUUGGAAGGAUGGCACCGCGUUCAAGUACCAGCAGCGGUGGAUGCGUGAGCUCGGUGCGCCGGCGGCGGAGGACGAGGAUGAACCUUUGGCACGCAUCGACCCCUUUUUCUUCACUUCCAAACAUUCAGCGCACGCCGAACCGGCAGCGAUUCUCCGUCUGCUAAAGCUUAUGUACCGACGAAACCCGCGCCCGGGCCAAAUGUGGGCGGUGGUGACAGACCACAUUGCGAUCGUGAGAGCCCAGCGGAGACAAAACGGGUACGGUGGAAUGGGUCGGGGAUACGCUUUGAACACCCUGUUCCAGUACACUAAUGCUCUGUUCCAUGAGAAGGAAAUCGUAGUGGUUUUCUUUUACAUGGCAGGCGAGACCAACCCGGCUGACGACUUGUCUCGCCACUUUGGGGAAACUUACUCGGCGCAGACGAUCCAGUCUCCCGCAGACGACUUCGGAGUACCUAAGCUGCAGAAUGGCUACUCCCCACUCUGUGAAUAG